AAAAGUUUAUUUUGUCAACAAAAGAUAUUUUCAUGAGUUUUGUUAGAUAAAUAAUUACAUUAUUUACAUCAUUAAAUAUGGCAAAACCGUUCGAAAUACCCCAAAAGCGAAAGCUGCCAAAGUUAAUGGCAUGCAUGACUAAAAACAGUCUUGAAAAUAUGAGAAACAAGGCUUUGUUCAGCUUAGAUACACUUGAUGCAAGAGGAAUUCGAAGACAUAAAUUACCUUUGCACGAGUGCAUUGAAUUAGAAUUAAAAGAAGCUGGAUUUUUUGAAUCCUCGGAUUAUCUACAAGAUCUUAUUUAUGAUAAUAUUCAGAUUCUAGCAGAAGAUGAAAUUGGCAUAGUGGUUGAUAUUAGGAAAAGGGAGGACUUUUUGGAGCAUAUUUGUGCUGGUCUACAAAGAGCCGAACGGGAACGUGAUAGAGACAACAAAAAGAAAGAGUGCUUGGAGUUGCUCAAGCUUGCUUUGUACUAUUCUGAGAAAGGAAAAGGGAUCUUGUGGUUGGCGGAAAAAUUUUUCCUAGCCGCAAUAGCAGUAGCAAGUCAUUAUUUACUUGAUGGUGGAAGACAAAAAGCUUGCUGUAAAUAUCACUACGCCUCAUUUUUGCUUAAUAAAUUUCCAGGUUCAGCAGAUAUGGAAGAGGCGUAUGAAAUCUUUUCGGACGUACGUGAUAGCGCAAUAGGAAAGGAGUGGCCUCUUUUUGAGAAUGAUAGUGAAAUCACUGAAGCACUCAGGGAUGCUCCAAAUUCUGUUUUCAUAGUGACAGUAUUGGAACUACACAGAGUAUUAAUGAGUAAAGCAAGAGCUGUUCGAGCCGAAGAUCCGGCUAAAGCAGAAAGAUUGUCACGGUUGGCUGAACGAAGAGCUAAAGAUGCUGGAGAUGUCCCAAAAGCAGCAGAAGCGGUCAUUGAAAUUGGCAUCAGUCAGUUAGCAAUGAACAGUUUAAAUAAUGCUCUUAAAUCAUUUCAAAAAGCUUAUAAAAUAUACGAAGCUAAUAAUGAUAUUAAUGGUUUGUGUAUUUCGAAAAUGCACCUCGCUGCCGUGCGACAAAGAUUAGGCGACCACGAAACUGCCGCCAAAUUGCUUACUGAAAUGGGUGCGUUGGCAAUGCAGAAUGGCUUUCGUCGACAUUUAGGUCGUGCUUUGCAUUUACUCGGUGAACUGCACUUGAAAAGAGAGAGACCUGAUCUUGGAACACAGCAUCUAGAAGAAGCGUUUAUGUGUUUUAUGGGAUAUAUUGUACAAGACCAGAACUAUGGUGUAAACAAGCAAAGAAGUACGUUAUAUUCCGACAUCGAUACAAUAUAUAAGACGCAAAAACAGGAAGUUCUCGACGAAGAGGCUGAACAGUCUAGAGUAAUGAUGGCAAUUUCAGCUGGUCAAGAACUUAUGGGGUCAUACUUCACAAUUCUAGAAAAAGCAGCUUCGUGUACUGUUGCAAAAGUAAAAGUGAUCGAAUGGAAAUCAUCAAAGGCAUCAUGGUGGGUGGACCAGGAACAUCACAAAUUCGUACCAUGCCUUUGUCCAAGUCAUCAGCGAACACCAUUGGAUGUAUUAUGGAUGCGUUUGAACGAAAGAUCUACGAGAAAUAUCCAUGAAGACGAUACUAAAACAGAGCAGACUCUUAAUAGAGGAGUAACAAUAGAAGACAUUAGAAAAUUGAGGAGCAGUUUUAUUAAAUAAACAUAUUCAGGUGAGGCAAUAAAGACGCCAAGAUUUCAUAUUAAUUAUUCUUUAUUCGUUUAAAUCAAGUGAGAGAAAUUAACUAUUUACAAAAAAAUAUAACCGUAACAGAUUUGAGCAAAACAUAUUAUUCUUUAACCACUUCACAACCCGUUUCGACAAGUUCUUCCACCAUUAUACAUAAAAUUAUUAAUAAUUUAGUCAGUACUGGUAUCAUUUGCACUAAUAACACUAAAAA